AUGCUAGAGAAAAGAGGUGAUGGAGAGUUUGACGAUAGAAAGCCUCUUUUCUUCGAAUCCGCAACUAUGCGCUUAUAUGCGUUUUCUAUCACGACUGAUCCUCACUUAACACGCGUUUCCCACUCCCCACCCUCGUCCUUCUCGCCGCUCUCCUCGUUCACGGUUUUUCUGGCACCAUCAACGCCCGCCUCCCAGAAGCAGAAUUACCAUCCAAGGCGAGGACUUCUCUGGUUCCCACGUUCCCUGGAAGCCAUUGUGGACUUGGCCAGGAACGGACAAGCGCUGUCCAACGAAAGUCCCAGACUUCGAACUACCCGUCUGUGGAUUCGAAUGCCCGUCCCAAUGGCCCUACAACAACCUGGAAAGAGCGACCCACUCUCAUGUGGGUAUGUCGACAAGGUGGCCUAUGAGAUCGACCGCAAGGACCUUUGCUUGGAUCAAAUAACUCUUGCCAAGUCUAUACCCUGGAGGAAGCGAUGGAACAAUUCAUCUGCACCCUCUUCGAGUGACGUCACGGCCUGGGAAAUGACCCUGAGGAUGAUUGGGUCGAUGAUUAGUCCCUGUCAAAACACGGCGAACGAUUCCGUAUCGCUAAUGGACGAAUGCCGAUGCCCGGAUGGCGUCAUUAUGGCAGACGGAACGAAGCCUCCAUCUGAAAAUCGACUUCCCUCUCGCACUCAGCAACACCGGAUCGCCACCACUUUGCGCAAGGCCAAUGCUAUAGACAUCAACUAA